CAGCCCUGCUUCUGGGGACAGUGGUGGAGUGCGUGGAAGGGCCCCUGCCCUGGUGCCCUGCAGCAGCUGGGGAGUGCUUGUGGCCAACAGAGCAGGGAUGUCUGAGACCUCGUCCAGCAAGGAGGGUGUCCCGGCCGAGUGCCCUGUGUGCUAUGAGAAGUUUCACCCGCUGGAGGCCAUGCACCGCAAGCUCAGCUGCGGGCACACCUUCUGCCACGACUGCCUGGUGAAGUGCCUGCUCUCUGCCAAGCUUGAUGGCCAGGUCCAGAGCAGCAUCAUCUGCCCUGUCUGCCGCUAUGUGACUUUCCUCAGCAAGAAGAAGGCUCUAUGGCCACCCAAGGCAGGCACCAAUGCCCGGACACUGGAGAUGCCUCUGUCACCUUCCUCCUUGCCCCAUCUGACCAAAAUGGAGGCCAGCAACACCUUGGUGGUGCCCAGCCAUUUUGUGAUGCCGGUACAGAGCCUUGACCGGUGCUGCAGCACAGGAAACAGCCCCGUGGACUCGCAGGGGGUCCCAGGAGAGCUGGCACGGGAAGCCCACAUCUUUGUCAUCAGCAACCAUGGGAUGCCGCUGGUGGACACUGACUGCGGCUCACUGGGGAGGAGAAGCAGAGCGGAAACGCGGAGCUCGGUGUCAUCCAGCUCAGCCCUGGGGGUGAAAUGCUGCCAGUCACCCAUCGCCCUCGCCGUCCUCCUCAUCUUGACUGUGGCCAUGCUGGCGGCUGUGCUCCCUUGGCUACUGCUGGUGAAGAGGGACUCGUAG